CUGGCUUCAGGAGCCGUGAGACCCGAGCGCCGGGGCUUGACUGCGCGGCGAGGGGAGAGGCGCGCGCGACGUUUUGGGACGGAAGCACCCCCCUCGACGGCAUCUACGUGCCACGGAGAAGGGAUUUCCUGUUUUGCUUUUCCCUGCUUCAGUGCAUCUCAGCGCAAAAUAUUUAACAGCUGUUAUGGCACAGGCCCUGACUAACGACCAGAACACACACCAGCUGCACGCCGUGCUCGUGCCCGUCAGCCGCACGUCGCUGUUGCUCAGAGCGGCAAGGCCGCCGAGCGCGCAGUCGCCGCAUCCUACACGACAGAGCCUUGAACGAACGAACCAACGAACGAAUGAAGAUGCAGCCUAGUGAGAUGAGGGCGGCGAGCUGCAAACGAUCAGUUUGCCUCAGACCGGGUAGAGCGUAGGCAGGGAGAGGGUCCCUUGCGUGCUGCGCCGCGGGUCUGGACUCUAGCCUGCGACGACAGCACAAGGCGAGGCGUGCAAUCCCCGGGGUCCUAGAAGCUGUGUGAAGGGGCCGAGGGUGGACACCACAGCACAUCAAGAUGCCAGCUGGGAGAUGCUCCAGGCCCGAACCACCGUGGGAGGAAGAGUGGCUGCUAGGAAGGUGUGCAGGGACACCUACCUCACCCCCUCGUGGACUUUGAGGUUCAGACACAGCAGACCUCCAUGGCUCCUUACCACAUCUGCAAAUACCCGGAGAGCCACCGCACACAGGUCCUGGACUUGUUCUCCCAGGCAAUGGAAGAGUACGUCCCCACCACCUUCCGCCACAUCCUGAAGCUGCCCCGAACCCUGGUGCUCUUGCUGGGGCUGUCCCUCGCCUUCUUCCUGGUCUCUGGCUCCUGGCUCCUGGCCCUGGUAGCCAGCCUCACCCUCCUCACUGCUCUGAGAUUCCUCUCCAAAUACCCCUGGACCAAGUUUAAAGUCAUGUGCUUGCGCACAGACAUGUCCGACAUCAGCAAGUCCUACCUGAGUGAGCCCGGCUCCUGCUUCUGGGUGGUCGAGACUGAGGGGCAGGUGGUGGGCACUGCGGGCCUGCUGCCCAUCAAGGAGCGCCCCCUGCCGAAGGAGCAGUUGCAGCUGUUUCACCUGUGCGUAGCCUCGGCGCACCGGCGUCAGGGUAUAGCGAAAGCCCUGGUCAGGACUGUCCUCCAGUUCGCACGCAACCAGGGAUACCGCCAGGUCGUCCUCAACACCAGCGUGCUGUAGCAUUCGGCCUUGGCCCUCUACCAGCACAUGGGCUUCCAGAAGACAAACCAGUUCUUCUUCUCCCGGAGCUGGAGUCUAGUUGCUUUUCCUUCGGUUAUGUUUGUCUACCACCUGCCCUCUGCUCAGGCCUCUCAGGCACAGGAGUAGGAAGGGGGCCCAUGAUCCAGUUCCUGGUGGCUUAGUCAGGAGAGGGCUGGCUCUGCUGAGGUAGGAAGCAAACCCCGAAGUCUCAGUGUGACAGCACAGAGAGAGCUCACUGUUCCUUCUGUGGGAAGACCCGGGGGGGGCGGGGAGAGCUCUGCUCCUUUCUGUCUUUUGGGGUGGCCACUGUUUCAUUUAUCCAGUGCCACGAGAAGGCUGAGUUAAAACAAACUAAUAA